AUGCGAAGCGGCCCCGGAUCUUCUGUGUCUUGUCGUGUUUGUGUGUACCUCACCAUUUUCCCUCUCCCUCCCAUCGUGGCAUCGACAUGCCGCUCCGACCGACCAUCCCCACCCAUUUUCCCACUCGAGCUCCCAUUCCCGCCGCCCCAAGCUCGAAAACCCUACCGACCUCCACCCAGCCAACCAUGGCGCCGCCCCUUACCUCCGGUAAGCAGCCCCAACCCCCCGACCUCGCCUCCUACCCGCAUCGGCCCUAACUCGUCCCUCCCCUUUCCUCCCCCUGCAGCUGCAGGGCCGCAGCAGCGGCGGCUCCUCAAGGCGGCGGCCGACGGCGACCUCGGCCGCUUCAAGAGCAUCGCGAGCGCGCUGGACGGCGGGAAGGGCUGCGUCAAGGAGGCGGUGGAGGCCGCCAGGGACGCCGGAUCAGGGGCGCUGCACGCCGCCGCCCGCCACGGGAGGAUGCCGGUGUGCGUCUACCUCGUCGAGCAGCUUGGCGUGAACGUCGAUGCCGCAGACGACAAAGGUGAUACACCUCUGAUGUAUGCACUUGGUUGGGGGAAUUUGGAUAUUGUGAGGUAUCUCCUUGAUCAUGAUGCUGAUCCAGAAAAGCCUGGUGAACACGGAGCGACCGCUCUCCAUGUGGCAGCUGGAGCAGGAAUGUGUGAAAUGAUAGAAGUCUUGCUCUCAAAAGGAGCUGAUGUUAAUUCCGUUUCUUUCUGUGGGACACCAUUGCAUGCUGCUAUUAUCGGGAAGCAUGAUGCUGCUGUGAAGACCUUGUUGAAUCACCAUGCAGAUUGUAACAAGGCAAUGGGCAUACAUUAUACGCCUCUGGUCGCUGCUAUCCAUAUUUGCUCACUGAAAUGUGUGAAACUUCUGAUUAAGGCGGGUGCUGAUGUGAAGGGUGUUGGUCCGCUAACCCCCUUAAUAGCCGCUGCAUCUGAUGGUUUAACUGAUUUCUAUAAACCUUUACUCGCGGCUGGUGCUGAUCCUGAUGUUCGUGAUGAUGUAAGGAAGUUUUUAGCAAGUAAAAUUGCUGUUGGUAACUUGGUAUCCGUAUUUCUGAAAGAUGGGGGUCAACUGCCAAUAGAGAUUGCUGCACGUAACAAUAGACGGAAAGAUGUUGAGAUCCUUUUUCCGGUAACAUCUCGCAUUCCAUAUGUGCAUGAUUGGAGUGUUGAUGGUAUACUUUCUUAUGUCAAAUCAGUGCCAAAGGAGGAGGACGACCCAUUGUACAAAAUGGGCCCAGCUUAUCUGAAAUCAGAAGGAAACAAGGCAUACAAGAGAAAGGAUUAUGUUUCCGCAAUAAAUUUCUACAACAUGAAUUUUGAAUUUCCUGAUAAGUGCUACAGUCUUGGUUUCAGUAGCAAAGGUAAUGGUCAUGAGGGGAAAGCCAUGGUCCACUGGCCAAGGGGUGGUGCAUGGAAGGCACGAGAAAGGAGAGGGAGGGACUUGUUUGGCUUAGCUUAUUCUGAAUGA